AUGUGUAUAUUAUUAUGGAUUUACUUACUGUUAAUGCAUACAGCUGCAAGCUGUCCUAAUUUAUGCAUCUGUAAGUGGAAAGCUGGUAAGGAAUGGGUUGAGUGCGCAUCUCGUGGGUUUCAAGGUCUGCCACAAGGUGCGCGUGAGGAGACACAAGUCUUUGAUCUAUCAGGUAACCAGUUGCUCAACCUUUCAUCUGAUUGUUUCUUUAUCUUACGGUUGUUCAAUUUACAAAAACUUUAUCUUGGUCGAUCACAUAUUCAAUAUGUGUCAGCUCGUGCCUUUACGGGUUUACAAGGUUUAGUAGAACUUGAACUCUCAGAAAACGAACUUGAUCGAGUACCUUCAGAAGCAUUUAUUUCAAUAGGUAAUCUUAUGCGAUUAAACUUAUCAGGUAAUCCUCUGAAAGUAUUACAACACAAUAAUUUCAUUCAUUUAAGUCAAUUAAGUUUUCUCGAUUUAAGUCAUUGCCAGCUCUCGCAAAUUGAAUCUGGAGUUUUUGCAAAUUUACAUAAACUCGAAUGGCUACGGUUAAAUGAUAAUCUUCUGACAAGCGUACCAGAAAAUGUACUUCCAUUAUCAGCCAGCUUACACGAUUUAUCUAUGCAUGGAAAUCCCUGGCGAUGCGAUUGUUUACUAAGCACAUUACGCGACUGGCUAAUGGCUUCCCAGAUUCAAACAUCACAAGAAAUGGAACCGAGUUGUGCAGAACCACUAACGCUGAUGAAGCGGUCGGUGCGAACACUGAAAAUCCAAGACUUAGCUUGUAUUCCAAGGGUGAAACUCAUUGAUUACUUAAAUAUUUAUGAAGGAGAAAAUGUGACUCUAAAUUGUGAAGUACAGGCUGUGCCACAACCUGCAAUUAUAUGGUUAUUAAAUGGCAAACAACUUAAUCUUGAGAAUAGUGCAAUAAAAGAAGAAAAAUUCAGAUAUACCUACAGCCAGUACAGUAAGAGUGGAAAGAUAAUUACUAGUUUAAACAUUUUAGAUGUUAAAGAAUUAGACGAAGGUAACUUUGUUUGCCAAGCAGAGAAUGCGGCAGGUAUAGCUUCGGAUAAUUUGACACUCUUUGUCUUACACAGUGAGCACAAUACAAUAGAUCCCUCAAUUGAAGAUUUUAAAACUGGAUAUGUUGCUGCCAUAACUACAAGUGCUCUACUGGGCAGUCUAUUAGCAUUAGGUUGUCUUUUUCUAGGAAUUUUUUUAUAUGCCCAAAAUUUGCGAACGUAUUCAAAAAAUAAUUCAAAAGUUUUUUCCAUUAGAACUGUUACUUCUUUAUCUAUUUUUAAAAAAAAAUCUAAUAAAUCACCGAGUAAAAUACAUAGCGUACAUAAUUGUACCUAUACUAUGAAUACUAAUUCAAAAUCAAAUGAUACAUGUUUGCAAAAUACGUCUGACCAAGUUGAAAUAGUAUGCCUCGAAACAAACGUUAGAACAAUUAAGAACCUAGCACUUAUCGAUAGUCCAAACAAAGUAAUACCAUUAAUUGGGGUUCCAGAGACCCUAGAAGUGCGUGAGCACACAGAAAGUCCUGAUGAAGGUUAUGUGGGCGAUGUAAUGGAUAUAUAA